UUUUACCCCACAACACCACAACUUCUCAACUCAAAUAAUUUGGUACACGUAACUUAGCUUUUUCAUAUUGGAAAUUCGGAAGAACGCACCCCCAUUCACCGCACUAACAAUGGAAGGGGUUGAUCAUCAAGAAUUCGUUCAAGAACCACAACACAGGCCAAGUCUCUCCACCAUGGAAGCACAAGGAAUUCCAGUCAUAGACCUCUCCCCUAUAACAUCAAACAACACUUCCCCUUCGGCCAUGGACGCGCUGACGAAGGAGAUCGGAAGCGCGUGCAAGGAAUGGGGAUUCUUCCAAGUAACAAACCACGGUGUGCCUGUCUCUCUGAGGCGGAACCUUCUGGAAGCUUCAAAGAAGUUCUUUUCUCAGAGCUUGGAAGAUAAGAAGAAAGUUAGUAGAGAUGAGAGUUCUCCGAGCGGUUACUAUGAGAGUGAGUAUACAAAGGAUGUUAGAGACUGGAAAGAAGUGUUUGAUUUCUUUGCCAAAGAACCGACUCUGUUCCCUGCCACUAUUGAUGAACAUAAUCAUCGAGUUGUUCAAUGGACUAAUAAAUAUCCUCACUAUCCCCCUGCCUUCAGAGAUAUAAUCCAAGAAUAUAUUGAAGAGAUGGAGAAGCUAGCCUACAAGUUGAUGGAGCUUAUAGCUAUGAGCUUAGGCCUUGAAGCUAAGAGAUUUGAGAGAUUUUUCAUUAGAGGACAAACCAGCUUUAUUCGCCUUAAUUAUUAUCCUCCAUGCUCUUUCCCUCACCUUGCUCUUGGAGUUGGCCCACACAAGGAUGAAAGUGCUUUAACCAUUCUUGCUCAAGAUGAGGUUGAAGGACUUGAAGUGAAACGUAAGACAAACCAAGAGUGGGUUAGAGUGAAACCAAAGUCAAAUGAUUAUAUCAUCAACCUUGGUGAUAUUAUUCAGCUUCAAAGUUCAAACCUUGUUCGUAAAUGUGAAACUCUAACGGAGAAUUAUGGACUGCACAGAUCAAUUCUCACCUUCCAACGACCGUUUAUGGAAGUGGAGUGAGAGAACGAUGAUAUCUGGAGAAGCUAAGAGUCACAUUGGCUGCUGUAGAUCCCAAUAUUCCUCUUUUUUUUUUUGAGAGGCUUAAUGGUGAUUCCAUAAGUAGUCCUAAUUGUGUUUAUGGUUACUCGAUUAUGAACAAAAUCUUUUGAUUUUAGAUUAUGAACAAAAUGACUAACAGUACAAAUAAAUAAAGGUGGGCAUGACAUUUUUGUUUUUUAAAAAGAAUAGUAUAAGUAGACAAUAAAUUUAGUGAAUAAUGCAAUUACGCAUAUGAUAAUUUUUUCUUCUCCACUUGUGAUUUUUGUAAUUUUUGUAGAGGUGUAAUGUAUGUUUUUUAUUU